AGGUCGUGCGAAGACUGGUUCGCAUCAGUCUUACGCGUCCCUCAUCGAAGGGUGCGCACCGCAUUGGUAUAAUUGUGGAGUUCAGUGGUCUUCCCUCUUUUCCCCUUACCUUAUACUUUGUCGAUCUUUACGUAAUAGACAAGAAGAGAAGAAGAAGAAGAAAUACGCGGUACGUGGCGUGGCCAUCCAUCAAGGAUAGCAACGUAUAUCCCAGAAAGUAUAAAAAAAGAAAGGAAGCGACGCGCGUGACGUCUCGCGUGCGUCGCGUGGCCUUGUGUGUCGAGGCCACGUAACGUGAAUCUCUUUGGUACCUUGAUGGUGCUCUAGUGGUGCAGUGAGAUUCGUUCUAGAGUCAGUUUGCAAGUGCGCGCGCGCGCGCGAACACACGACUUACGUAUAAACAAACGAGGCGCGUUAUCAUCCACACAUUAAUCCGUAUAUCUUCAUCGAGAUUAGGACAAGGAAAGAUACGAUAAGGAGGAAUAGAAGCAGCCACGGAAAGAAGGAUUUCGUGGUUUCGAUGACGAACUUUCGAAGAGAAUAAUAUAACUCUACACGACGGACGAUCGGCGAUCGUAUCGUUCGUUGUCGUCGAUAACAGAAAACGAUGACGUCAUGGUGCUCCAUCGCCGAUUGAAACGCCCGUGAAUAACGAAGGAACGUCGUUGAGGCCGGACAGGACCAACUACACGGCGGCGGCGGCAAAGCUAGAACAACGACGACGAAAGGAUCAACGAUAGGAAUAAAGAAUGGUUUCGAGAUAUGGCGUCUCGAAGGAGGGCGCAGUGGACGUCGCCGUGGGAGUAGGACCUAUGCAUUGUUUAAUAGGAGGGCCGCAUCAUCAUCAUCAUUUAUCGGCCCCUCAUCCACAAAAUCCUCAACCGGGUCAUAAUCACCACGUGCAUCAUGCCGCUCACCCGCCACCGCCAUCGCCAAGUCCUCAUUUGAAUCACCAGCUGAGCCAUCAUCAAUUGACCGUCAACAUCAACCAUCUCGGACAUCAACUCGCUCAACAUCAACAAGCCCCACCACAGUAUCGUGUUGUUACAGCUAACACUAGAUCAGAAUUUCAUGUUCCAACUCAAAACUACGGCGCCCAGCCAGGGGGGCAGGUGGGCGGGGGAGGGGGGAGUGUAGGUGUACCCGGGGGUAGAGGACCUCCACCACUUGGUGGCAUACCAACGAUAGGACAAUCUACAGCAGGUAUACCACCAGGAGGUCCAGCUGGUGGUCAAGCUCCUCCACAAGCACAAGCACCCGGUGUACAAACUCAGCAGAACCAAGGUCCGGCACCAACAACGACACCUCCAGUUCAUACUCCCUCACCUCAGGAAAUGGGAAAACAACCACAUCUACAAGCACAUAGUUAUUAUCCAGCUGCUCCGAGGCCACAGCAACCAAGAAAUCUAAAUCAUAGAGGUGGGCAAGGGGGUAGUGGAAAUCAAGUAGUAGGCAUGCCAGGGGUAGGUGGAGGUGGCGGGCAACCACCUGUCAUGUAUACGACUGGCUUGACAGGUCAACCAGGGACAGUAUUUGUCCCUAGUCAUGUUGCUGGAAUUCCAACUGGCCCUCAUCAACAAUCUGUAUAUCAUAUGAAUAAUCAGCUUAUUCAAUUCUCCAGUGCACCUCAACGACAUCAAGCUCAAAAUCAAUCUUUUUAUCCUCCAUAUCAACCGCAUGCCCUUUUAACACAAAAUAUUUAUCCAUACCAGCCUGGUCCAACACCUCAACCUGGCUUUUUUUAUACAUCGCCCACUGCACCAUUGAGUUUAAAUAGGUCAAGCGCAACCGCUGUUAGUGGUGGGGCUCAACAUGUUGGAGGAGCGCUAGGUGGUGCCCAAGGAGCUACAAUGGUACCACAAGGUACUCUUCAACAACCUACGCAACAACCUCAGCCUCUACCCCAAAUAGAUGUGUACUCGGGUUAUAAUGGCGGAGGUGCAACAGGAGCAAGUAGUUCAAUUAGAUCCAGAAGGCCAAGAGGAGAAAAGGCCAUAACAGAUAUCGUUAAUCCUAGUACGGGUAAAAAUAUUAGCCAUGAAAUCUAUGACGAUGAUGCAACUGUCGAAAGUACAGAAUCUAGUAAUCGUGAAACACCUCAAUUACAGAAUAGUAGCGGUGCAGAGGUGGUGGCCGAUUUUGCGGCACGUGUUGCUAAAGCCGCAACCGAGAGUUCGGAUUCCGGCUCACCGGUGCCGGCCGUUACCGCGCCAGAAACAACUUUCGUGUCACAAAUCACGACACCAAGUUUAUCGAAUAUUCAAACAAAUUCUAACGAUAUAAACAGUCAGUGCAACAACAACAACGGUUUGGCCACACCGACGCAAAAUAUAAGCAAGGUGCACGCGUUGUGUAGUCAAUCGUUAGAUACGUCUAAUAACGUUACUCAAAUUGAAAUAAUUCCUACUUCGUCGGCACCAUGUCCAGCGCCAUCGGCCGCACCCUCAUCCGUUUCAUCCUCUACGCCUUUGGCUAUUGUUUCCUCGUCUACUUCCAUUUCCUCUCCUUCUUGCGCGAUUAAAUCGGCAGUGGAAUCUAAACCAUUGCAACUUCUCGCAAAAGAAUUUCAUCCUAGAGGAGAGAAAAAGACUGUAAGCAGCAGCGAGGAAACUGUAGCCGUAAUCAAUGUUGAUACUAUUCCUAUACAGCCUGUCACUACGUUGGCUACUGCUACCGCUACGCCCGUAGUCGAACAAGAAACAAAGAAUACCACGAGUCCUUCCUCGGUUAAUGUUCAGACACCAUCGGCGCCGCCGCAACAUCAUCAACAACAACACCAUCACCACCAUCAGCAGCAGCAACAACAACAACAACAACAACAACAACAACAACACCACCACCACCACCAGCAACAACUACCACCGCCAACACAUCAAUUACAACAACAUUCUGCUCCGAAUGUAACUGUACCAGAGAUCAGCAAAUCGUCCUCUACUCCACCCAGUGUUAAUCCUACUAUUGUGAGAGAACCAUUUUCCAAUCUUUCGAGCAAAACAACGUCGUCGAAUUCUCCACCAAGGAGGAAAUCUCAAUCGCACCAUGGCCAAUCUAGUAACCCUAUCACCGAACAGCUGUCUUCAAAUACCAGGGAGCAAAAGGAUAAAAAGAGAGAGAAAAGCGUUAGUUCUAGAGGUGCGACUCCAGCACCAGCACAUAAUCAACCUGAUCAUCAUCAUCAUCAUCAUCAUCAUCAAAAAACGAAUGGUGAUGCUAGUGGAGAUAAAACUGAGCAGGAGCCUAUUGUGGUUGCCAGGAACGAACUUUUACAACAUAAACAAAAUGAUGGUAAAGCAAUGCAAAAGCAAAAGAGCAAAAAUAAGCUCAAACCUCGCGAGCUUAAUCGAAAAGGAGCUGAAAAAGAAGGCACAGAUAUGGAUGCAUUUGUCAAUACAGUUCCAAUUAAUAAACCAGAAGUGAAACAAAUAGAUAAUAAAGAAACUAUACCGAUAAAAGAUAACAAGGAACAAUCUACUAGAGAAAUGACAAAAGAAAUUAAAGAAAAAGAUGAGUCUUUUAACUCUCACUACUACGAGUCUUUUAAGGAAAAAGAAGCAGCAACUGCUGUCCAUCCCAAAGUGGAGAAACAUGUGAUUCCGGAUAUAGUUAAGGAAAAUGAUCCUGUUCAAACUCCUAUUAUUGAGAAGUUAAAAAGUGAAAAAGAGAUAACUAAAGAAAUAUCUUCAAAGAUAGAAGAUAAUUCACAAAUUCUAAAAUCUCAAAAUACGUGUAGUAGUGCCCAAAUGAAGUCAGUUCCUAAUAAUGAUGUUGUUGAUCAUGCAAUUGUUAAGGAGGAUGUUGAUUUAGAAACAAUAAUAGCGCAGAAGAACGAAGAAAAUACGAAAAUUUCUGCGUUUCAAGCAUCUAGCGAAGAAAAGAUUCCAUCUGUGCUAACAAUGGAAAAAUCAAACGAACAGAGUGAACCUCAAUCUCCAACAACAGACAUUGCUGUAUCAAAAAGUUCUAUACCACUAAAAUAUACAUAUAAGGACGAUCAAUGGAGUCCGAUAAAUAAGAGUGGUAAAAAAGUUUAUGAUCGUGAAUUUUUAAUACGACUUCAAGAUGACCCAAAUAGUAAAAUUAAGCCAAACAAUCUACCAGAUUUAGAAGUCGUUUUAAAAGAUAAUACAAAGAUUCGCAGUACAAUGGAUUUCAGAUCAUUUAAAGACACAAGUAUAAGCAGGCCAGAAUCGUUAUUCCCUGUAUUUGUGAAAUCAGGACUUGCACGUGGUGUGCCACCUACAAAUCGAAAAAGUCAUCCUUCAGGGAAAUCAAAGCCAACUAAACCAAAUGUUAUUCAUGUCUCUCUAUCUCUUAGAGAAGAUGUAAAAUUGAGAGAGACAGAGAAUGCAUGGCGUCCUACUAGAAUGAAGCAACUUGAUUUAAGCGAGGAAGAUGCUAAAACAGAAGCAUUGUAUAAGCGUGUUCGUAGUGUUCUAAAUAAGCUUACCCCACAGAAAUUUAAUACUUUAAUUGACCAAGUUAGGUCAUUAACAAUUGAUACACAAGAAAGAUUUCAAGGUGUAAUCAACUUAGUUUUUGAGAAGGCUGUCGAUGAACCUAGCUUUUCAGUUGCAUACGCAUUAAUGUGUAAGGAACUUGCUUUAAUGGAGGCAUCUGGCGGUGAUAAAAGUGCAGGAAAGCAAGCAGAAAGUUCUGUUACUUUUAGGAAACUGAUUAUCAGUCGAUGCCAAAAAGAAUUUGAGAAGAAUCCAAUUGAUGAAGUUUCGAGAGCAAGUAAAACUAAAGAAAUAGAAGAAUGUAACGAUCCUGAAAAGAAAAAGGAUUUGCAGUUACAGCUUGAAGAGGAGGAACGUAGGAUACGUAUCAAAUCUGUAGGAAAUAUUCGAUUUAUCGGUGAACUUUAUAAGCAAGGAAUGUUAACAACGGGCAUUAUGCAUCGUUGUAUAAAUCAUUUAUUAGAUCAAAAUGAUGAAGAUAGUCUUGAGUGUUUAUGUAAGCUAUUAACAACCAUUGGAAAAGAUUUAGAAUCCAAGGGGAAAUAUGAUGAAAUGCAAGAGUAUUUUAGCAAGAUGCAAGAUAUUGUUGGACGUCGUGGACAUGGUAAAAUAAGCUCUAGAAUUCGUUUUAUGCUACAAGAUGUUAUAGAUUUGAGAGCUAAUAAAUGGAUUCCAAGGAGAGACGAUAGUAAUCCAAAAACGAUAGAUCAAAUUCAAAAAGAAGUUGAAUCCGAAAGACUGGAUACUCAACUUACUAAUGCACCAUUGAACACAUCUAGAAAAGAUGACCGCAAUGCUGAUAGAAAAAGAAAUCGAGGAUUUGGGCCUGCAGAUGAAGGUGGAUGGAGUCAACCUGUAGGUAGAACAAGACAAACCUAUUCUGUUGAAACAGCAAAAUUAAGGCAGAAAACUACUCCUGUGGAUGAUUUAAUAUUGGGUAGUAGGAACGUGUAUAUGUGGAAAACUUCCGCAAAUAACGCUAAGACAAUAAAUUCUAAUAAAUUCGCAUGUCUCGAAAAUAUUACUGCCAUAGAACAGGAUAGGAGAAUGCCACCACUUCAACUUUCUGGAUCGAGAUCAACUGGACCUAGGGAUUAUGGACGUGACUACAAAUCCCCUUACGACGGUAGGAGUUCUCGAAACGGUAGCCAUCAAUUAACCAGCGGUGCAUCGUCAAGUAGAGAGAGCUCAUUGUUAGAUAAUUCUCAAACUCAAAAUGUGUCGAUGCCAACACAGUCUCUGAAGUCUACAUCACAAUCUGUGUCUAGUGGACUGAAAGCUCCGUUGUCAGAAGAAGCGUUUACGAAAGCGUUUAAUUCUACACUGAAGGAUUAUUUAAGAGAACACAUUUUAGAGAAUGCUAUCUCUGAUGUAAGCCAGAUUUUUGAUAAUACUACGUUUACAAAGUUCGUGCGUGAGUCAAUUAACUUUGUUCUUGAAAAAUCUCCCGCUGAACGAGAACGAGUUUCACGACUUAUGUCACAAUUGAUUACACGAAAUAUUUUACCCUUACAACAUUUGAAAGCAGGGUUCAGCGAAGUUCUAGAAUUCAUAGAUGAUUUAAUCAUUGAUAUUCCGAAGAUUUGGACUUACCUUGCAGAAAUAUUAACUCAUCCAAUAAAAGACGAAGUAAUGCCAUUAUCUGAAAUGGGCAGUAUAUUUAUAAGUUUAAAAAGUCAAGGUGGUGCAGGAAAACUUCUCGGAGAGUUACUAGCGAAAUUAUCCCAAGAAAAAGGAUCCAAAUGGAUUGCAGAUAAAUGGGACCAAAGCAGACUUGCAUUGAAUGAUAUUAUCGACCCGGAAAGAGAGAACAUUGAGAAGAUUGCUAAGGAAUAUCAUUUAGAAUUCCUGAUUGGAGAUUAUAAUAGUGCCAAAAGCUCUAGCAGUGAUGAGCUUAGUUUACAACAGAUUCACGAACAACUUAAAAGGCUUAUGGAAGAGAAUACUUUUGAUGAAAUAAGUAGUUGGAUAACGGAAAAUGUUGGUAGUAGAGUUAAAGAUCCUAAAUUCAUAAGGAUAUUGAUGACUGCCAUUUUAGAAACGUCCAUAGUACCGUUUAAUGAAAUGUGGAAGUUAAAUGAACACAUAUUCAGCGAUUUGCAAUUAUUAAUUCAUCGAUUCGUCGAUACCGAUGAAGUACUAGAAUUGCAAUGUCUUUAUGCUAUUCAAGCAUAUAUGACGAAACUCGAGUUUCCAUGUGGUAUACUAAGGAACAUAAUAAACAAAUUGUCAGGGGACAAUAUUAUUUCCUCUGAUGCAUUCUUGGCAUGGCAAAAAGGUGAAGAUCCGGCAGAACAUGAAGGCCAUAGUGUAGCUAUCAUGACGCUGACGGCGUUCUUCAUUUCUUUACAAGAAGCCGAGGACAGUUCCAGUGUCGAAGACGGCCCAAGCAAUGUGAACUCCGAUACCUUUUGACGGUGCAUCGUUUUAGAAGGAAUACGAGCUGGGCACUUUUUAUUCGAAUAAAAGAUAAAUAAACAAUUAUUUACAGAUAAUACAAGUUCUUCAAAUAACUGUUAUUUUGAUAGUUAUUUGAAAUAACGGUCUUAUCUAAACUAAUUUUCACAAAAAAUCAAAUAACGCGAGAGAUUUCAAAUAAUCAUCGUCAAUUAUUCAAUUAAUUGAUUAGGAAAACGCGAUAGUAUUUUUCCAGUUUAUUUUUAUUUAUUUAUUUUUUUUUGCCUUAUUUAAACUUUAAACCAUUUCAAUGAAUUAUAUAUAUUAAUUAUCUUGCAUUUAUCUCUGUAUCAUAAUUAAUAAUUAAUCUUUAUCUUCAUUAUGUAUAGCGUAUUUCAAAUAUAGUCAUUAUGUAUCCGUUUGUAUUUGACAAUCUUCUUUUAUUUUCUGGCUUUGAUAUUGUACCAUGAAAAUCUAGACUAUAUAUAUAUUUUAUAUAUACUCGCGCACAAUUACACUCAAUCGUUUUUCAGCAUUUUCUAUUUAAAUAAAAAAAAUAAUAAAAAAA